AUGUCUUCUUCACAAGCUUCUGCAAGAGAAAAACAAAAAGGGAAACAAAAGGUCAAUGCUCGUCCAAAGACAAAUCAAGGGUUUGCAUUUGAUGAUAAACCCUCGUGGAAUCAUGUAAAAGUUAUUAAUGUGGCUUCGAGUGGAGGUGAAAAUAGAAUUUGGUCUUGCAAUUACUGCAGCAAGGUAGUAACCGGUUCAUACACCAAAGUCAAGGGUCAUCUAUUGAAGAUUCCUAGCUCUGGUGUGGAGGAUUGCAAAAUUAUUUUAGAUGCAGUAUUUGAUGCAAUAAAGAGGGAACAUGUAGAAGCUGAAACUAGAAAGGCCCACCAAGAAUUGAAUGCAAAAAACAAAGCAGUGUAUGUCUCUCUACCCGAAGGAUUUGAUCUUGCCCAUCGAAAGAAGCGCAAGGGGAUGGCUCCACAAGGUCCUUUACCUGAUGCAUUUAAUGCUACUCAGAGAGAUGUUGCUGAUAAAGAAGUUGCACGAAUGUUUUUUGCCAAUGGGUUACCAUUUAACUUUGCUAGGUCUCCAUACUUCAGGCAAUACUCUCUCACUCUUGCAAAUAGUAGACUAGCUGGUUAUCGUCCCCCUACGUAUGAUAGGCUUCGAACAACUCUGUUAUCACAAGAAAAAGAGCAUGUCAACAAACUACUCCAACCAUUCAAAGAUACAUGGAGAAAAAAAGGAGUUUCGGUGUGCUCAGAUGGGUGGUCCGAUACACAACGUAAACCGCUCAUUAACAUUAUGGCAGCAUCAGUAGGGGGAGCAAUGUUUAUUAAAGUCAUUGAUUCGAGCGGAAACACAAAGGAUGCAGAGUAUGUUGGAAGUUUGUUCAUGGAAGCAAUUAAACUAAUAGGAGAAGAACACGUGAUUCAAAUAGUGACUGAUAAUGCAACGAAUUACAAGGCGGCUGGCUUGAGCAUUGAAACCAAAUUCCCACAUAUAUUAUGGACUCCUUGUGUGGUGCAUAGUCUGAAUUUGGCCUUGAAGAGCAUAUGCGAUCCAGGAGCAAAAUCACCACACCAUGCCCAAUGUAAGUGGAUCGUAGACUUGGUUUCGAAAGUUAAUGAUAUUCGUAACUUUGUUCUUAACUAUAGCAUGACAAAUUAUAUUUUCAAUCAAUACUCAUAUUUGAAACUAUUGAGUGUGGCUAAAACUAGGUUUGCCUCUAGCAUUAUAAUAGCCAAGAGGAUAGUGACAGUUAGGAGUUCUCUUGAAAAAAUGGUUAUGGAUGCAAAUUGGAAAGUAUACAGGGCUGGUGGAACCACUGUGGCUGAAAAUAAGGCUCGAGAUGUGAAAAAAUACAUUGUUGAUGAGGAUGAUGAUUUUUGGGAUAAUUUAGAAUAUCUUUUGAAAUUCACGGAACCGAUCAUUGAUAUGUUAAGAAAAGCUGACAUGGACACUCCUGUUUUGCAUCUAAUAUAUGACAUGUGGGAUUCGAUGAUUGAGAAUGUGAAAAAUAUCAUAUUUGAACAUGAGCACGAAGACAUACUUGUUGUCCCAAAAUUCUAUUCUGAUGCUUGGUUGCAAAGUGGUGAAGGAGUUCCUCGGGUAUCACCACAUGAGGAUCGAGAGGUCUCAUUAAUGAGAGCUCAAUGCUUUAAUCAGUUAUUUCCUAAUACUAACGAUUUGCGCCAAGUUUACAUGAAAUUUGGAGCCUAUUCUAGUGGGUCUGGGUAUUUUGAACAAGCUCAUGUAAUUGAUGCAAGAAGAUAUGAGGAACCCAUUUCAUGGUGGGCCAAUCAUGGGGCUUCAACACCACUCCUACUAUCUUUGGCAUUUAAGCUACUUUCGCAGCCAGCUUCUUCCUCUUAUUGCGAGAGGAAUUGGAGUAUGUAUUCCUUGAUUCAAAACAUCAAAAGAAACCGACUACUAACAACCAGAGUUGAAGAUCUUGUGUUUGUUCAUUAUAAUUUGCGCUUAUUGUCAAGGAAAACCAAGGAGUACAUGGAUAGGCCUUCAAAGUUUUGGGACAUAAGUGGCAACCAAUUUGACAUUGAAAGAGGUGAUGUAACGCAGCUUGUGGAGUUUUUUCUUGACGAAUCAGUGCUGGAAGGAGAAACCAGUGAAUCAGAACCAAUUGGUGGACUCGAAGACUCCUUAGAACUUGAACGUAGUUACCAAUUACAAGGUCGUGAUAUUACUCAUUGCCCCGUCGGAGAUGCCAGGGCAAACUUCUGCGGCAUAGAGUGA